UUGUUUUACACAUGUUGCUGGCGGCUGGCGCCCCCAUGCGCCCGCCAUGCCCCGAGCUGGCAAAGAGUUCCCGUGUCCCGCCAACCGCCGCACUGGGCCUUGGCAAAGCUUCCUGUUGAAUUUCCCGGGAAAUUCGCGACCCCAUCACCGCGCUAUGGUGGUGAUUUGGUUGGAGCCCAUGGGGAAGUUCUUCUACGGGAGUUCGCGAUCAUUGUUACCACAGGCUGAAGAAAAGCGUUGUGAGGAAGCGCUGUGGCAGACGUCGGCGGCCAUGCCGAGUAAGGAUGCCGCCAUGGUACGCAUGGGCAUCAACUUGGGUUCGCCCGAGGAGGAAGCCAAGGCGGCGCGUUUGGGGGUGACCAUGAACGAAACCAUGGUGCGCUUUCUGAACCUUCUGCGUUUGGUCAUCGUUGGUUCGCCUGUGGUUCUGCAGAGCUGUUGGAUUCACUCCGUGGACCUUACUUCCUGGUUCCUUCGCCUCUUCGUGCUCUAUGCAGUCGUUGGCAUCAUUGGGAUGUUGGUCGCGCCUGAGCAAGCCUUCUACGCGAUGGGCUUGAAGGAAUUCCGUUGGGCCUUUGAACGCCUGUAUCCGGAAGCGAAGCACUGGAAUGGGAACCCCAACGCAGCAGAUACCGACCCGGACCCGAAUGCCAAGUUGAUGCUUGAAGGACCCAGUGCUAUCAACAACUUGGGUCGAAAGGAGUUGCGCGUGCGUUGGCAUGGCAGCGAUAACUUCAUGGGAUUGGACAAAGAUGGUUGGGUGGUUCAAGACUCCUCAGCAGCAGCCCUGCAGAUUCUGAUGCGGCCGCUGAUGGAUAACAAGGGAGAAAGAGUGCCAGACACAUAUACUUUGCAGGUGCGCAGCCGUGAUGGCAAGUGGGAUGGCUGCUGGCUGUCUUGUACCCCGGUGAACCAUCUUCGUUUCGGUGGCUGGCUCCGUGCCUACCAAGCGGAGAAGGAUGCGUGUCCUUUCAAGUUAAUCCAGGAUUCUGCUUGCCAUCUUGGCACCUGCAAGAUGCUCAGUGCGUAUGCCACGCCGCCGCAACAAACCCCACUGCUUGGAAAGGAUCCUGGUCACAUUCCUGCGGGUUUUUACUUGGUUCAGCAACGACACGCUGGCCGCGUCUAUGUGGGACAGGCGCCGGAUGCGGAAGCCGAUUUCUUUGAGUUUUUGGAGGUGCCAACUGCUGUUGCCUUAAAGUGAGGCGGCAAUAUGCAGCAUAUGAAUCUGAUGGCCCUAAGACAGAUCGGCCCCGGACAUGGCAAGAUUUUACAGACCGAAAGGGGGAGAAUUCAUGGGUCUAUGG